AUGGCUUCUUCAUCCUUACCAACCCCACCUUGCACAUAUGACGUUUUCGUUAAUUUUCGUGGUGAAGAUACCCGCGCAAACUUUACAGACCAUCUCGUUACUACUUUAGAAAGGAAAACGAUUUGUGUAUGUAUAGAUGACAAAGACGUUGAGAGAGGGAAAGAAAUUUGGAUAGAGCUGAAGCAAGCAAUCAAGACAUCAAGGAUGGCAGUUAUUGUGUUCUCCAAAAAUUAUGCUAAUUCCGAGUGGUGCCUCAAUGAGCUCGUAUUGAUCAUGGAUUGUUCCAAAAGUAGGUCUAAUCAAACUUUCAAGUUGCUACCUAUUUUCUAUCACGUGUCUCCGUCUGAUGUACGACAACAGAAGGGAAAUUUUGCAGAAGAUCAGCUUCCGAAUUGCACUUAUGAAGAUAUGGUGAAGAAAUGGAGGGAGGCUUUGACGGAUGCUGCAAAGUUGGCAGGCUUCCAUUUGAAACGAGAUCAGUUACAUCAGUAA